CGCGCCUCUCUGUCGGAUCCUCUCAGAUGAACGCAUGCCUUUACCUCGGAGCGCUUUACGUCAGUUUGAGCAGGAACAGGAAAAUCUACGCUGACUGCAGAGCAGCCGGUGGAGUUUGAGGUCCUGGUGACAAAGUGUGAAGCGGUGGAUGCAUCUUGAUUUUCUGUGUGUGUCACCGAGCUGCUAACAGGUGGUGUUAGGGCAUUCUGCCCGGAGAGACAACAUGUCCAAUGGGAAAGACACAAGUGCUGCAGAGAACUCCUCACAGAUGACCCUGAAAGAGAGCCUGGAUGAGUGUAUGGAGGCCUUGGAUCUCUUCCUUAACAACCACUUCAGUGAGAGCCUGGAGAGGCUGCGGCCAAGAGUGAAUGAGAGUAUGUACCACGCUCUUAUCUACGCCACAGUGCUGGAAAUGCAGGCCAUGAUGACUUUUCAACCUGAUGACAUCACCAACGCAGGAAAUACCAUGAAGAAUGCCCAGGAAGUGUGCCAGAGGUAUCGACGGAAGUCUCCAGGUUUGACUAACAAGUCAGUGGGAGAGUCACUCACUGAAGUGCAGCUUCAUGCUGAAGUGUGUUACGCAGAGUGCCAACUCCAAAGAGCUGCUCUCACCUUCCUACAGGAUGAGAACAUGGUGAGUUUUAUCAAAGGAGGGAUCAAAGUACGAAACAGUUAUUUAAUUUACAAAGAUCUGCAUUCCUUCAUAAAAUCUCACAGCUGUCUCAAAGGGCCGAGCCACGUCCACUUAGAGGGGGGAAUAUCGUUUGGAAUAGGAGCGUUUAAUCUGACGCUCUCUCUGUUUCCUCCACGGAUACUCAAAGUGUUGGAGUUUGCAGGCUUCUCUGGAGACAAGGAGUACGGUCUGUCUCUGCUGCACGACGGUGCGACGGGGACGAAUCUGCGCUCCAUGCUGUGCGCCCUGCUGCUGCUCUGCUACUACACCUUUCUCACGUUCAUACUAGGAACAGGUGAGGGGGAAGUGGCCGAGGCUGAGAGGCUGCUGAAACCUUUCCGGCUCCGCUACCCACGGGGAGCGAUAUUCCUCUUCUUUGCUGGCAGGACUGAAGAGAUCAAGGGGAACAUUGAUGAGGCGGUGGCGCUCUUCGAAGACGGCUGCAAGGCCCAGCAGGCGUGGAAGCAGUUCCACCACAUGUGCUACUGGGAGCUGAUGUGGUGCUUCACCUACAAGCGAGCGUGGAAGAUGGCGUACUUCUACGCAGACCUGCUGAGCCAGGAGAGCCGCUGGUCCAAGGCCAUGUAUGUUUACAUGAAAGCUGCUUACCUCAGCAUGCUGCCUGAAGACGUGGCCCGGCCGUUUGGGGAGGACGAGGUGGAGCUGUUUAGACAAGUGCCGGCCUUCAAACAGAAGAUAGCAGGGAAGUCUCCCCCGACUGAGAAGUUUGCUAUCCGGAAAGCCAGACGCUACAAAGCUCACUGCCCGAUCAGGCUCCCAGUGCCAGUGCUGGAGAUGAUGUACAUGUGGAACGGUUUCAGUAUGAUCAGCAAACGACCAGAGCUGACUGAAGGCAUGAUGCAGACUCUGGUGGAGGCAGAGCGCACCCUGCUGGAGUCUCCUGACAAUGAGUAUUCAAUGGAUGACCGCUGUCUGAUCCAUCUGCUGAAGGGUCUGUGUUUGAAGAACCAGGGUCACCUCCAGGCUGCUGAGGAAUCCUUCAGCAAAGUGUUGUCCAGUGAAAAGAAGAUCAAGUUUGAUCACUACCUGGUGCCGAACUCUCUGGUGGAGCUCAGUCUGCUCUACAUAGACCAAGGCAAGAGGGACGAGGCUGUUAAACUGCUGCACAAGGCCAAACACAACUACAAAGAAUACUCAAUGGAGUCUCGCACACAGUUCAGGGUGCACGCUGCUCUGGCCAAACUCAAGGCUGACCCUGGAGACGAGGAGGACACUCACAUGUAGGAGGACAUUUCCAAACACUGGACUGUGUUUCCUCGACAGUCACGGCUGUUUUAGCUCGAUACCCAGUGUUUUUUAACCUAUAUCCAUUUUUACAAAGUGAGUGCUGGGUGUUUUACUGACAUGUCGCUGGACAAAAGGUCUCACCUGUUUUACAGCAGUCUGUGCUUCCCAGACGAGGGACAGUGUACAUACGGUAGACGAUUUAUGUCAUGGACACUGUUUUUAUUGUUUACACUGAAAAUUAAAGAACACUUCAUUUUAAUCAACAGCUUAUUGAAAGCCACUAUAAAUAUCUAAUGUUGUGAUUUAUUGAAAUGUAUAGUGAUGACUUUAUUUUAUUGUACUGAAGGACAUGAUUAUUAGUUAAUUAAGUAACUUUGGAAUGACGUUUUAAAGUGUUCAGAUGUUUACGGUAUUUUACAGAGGAGGAUUAGGGCCACAUUAAAAAAAAAGAUUUUGGAAUAAAGUUAUAAUAAUAUGAAAAUAAAGUCGUAGUUUUGAGAAAAAGAUUGUACUAUAAUGAGAAUAAAGUCAAAAUGUAUCCUAUUUCAAGAAAAAAAAUGAAAUGUUACAAGAAUUAAGUUGUAAUUUUACAAGAAAAAGUUAAUAUUAUGUGAUUAAAAUCAUAAAUCUUCAAGGAAAAAUUCGCCAGGGAUUUUGUCGCCAUUUUUAUCAUGUCACCCGAUUUUCUGGCAUCAUUUUUUCAUAUAUAUGUUUAUAAGUUAAAUCUUACAAUGACAAUUUUUUCUCGCAAAAUUACGACUAAUUCUCGUAAUGACUUUUUUUGCAUAAUAGUUUGACUUUAUUCUCAUUAAAUUCCAACUUUACAGUUAAAUGUCUUUAUUCUCAUCAAAUUACAACUUCAUUCUCGUAAUAUCACAACUUUUUAUUUGUUGAAAAUAAUAAUAAUAAAAAUACGGCUUUACUCUCAAUAUCAUGACCUUUCUUGAAACGGUACAACUUAAUUCUCGUAAAAUUACAAUUUUGUCACGUUUCAACUUUUCCUCGACAUAGUAUGUCUUUAUUCUCAUUAAAUUUUGACUUUCUUCAUAAUAGUAUGACUUUAUAAUAAUUAAAGGCAAAAAGCCCUAAAAAUAUCUUUAAAAAAAACAAAAAACUAUUUUAAAAAGUUUGUGAGAGCAAAAUUGUAUUUAAGAAAAAAGUCUAAAUAAAAUGAGAAAAUUUUCGAGAAAAAGUUAAUAUUGUGAGUCAAGUAGUAAUUUAGAGGGAAAAAAAGGAAUAUUACAAAAAUAAAUAUGUAAUUUAAUGACAGGAUAGUGAAGUGUGAAAGGGGGAGAGAGAGAGGGAGAGACAUGCAGCAAAGGGCUUCAGGCUGGAGUCGAACCCGGACCGCUGCGGCGCCUGCUCUACCACUAGUCCACCAACGCCCCUUUAAAAUAGUUUGACUUUGUUCUCGUAAUAUUGACUUUUUUCCUCUGAAAUACCACAUUAGUCACAAAAUUACUUUAUUCUUGUAAUGAGUUUUUUCUCCAAAUAGUACGACUUUACUUUCAUUAUAUUACAACUUUUUUUUAAUAGUGACUUCUGGAAUAAUGUCUUUUUGUAAUACAUUUUUUAAUGUAGCACUAAUCCUCCUUUGUAGUAUUUCACACACAACUGCAUAAAAACAAUUAAUGCCAAAGUUCUAAAACCUAAUUUAAUUUUUGAAGACAUUUCGGACCCAAAGUCAGGAGCCAGCAGAGUCGUGCGUACGAGCAUGGUGCACCGCCGCUGACACACACUGAAGAGGUGAAACAACUGUUUACUGUUGUUUUAAUCUCACUUGUUGGUGAGUUUUAAUUAGUCAAGUUUCAGCAUUCAGGCACAUCUGGAUCGGUGCGCGCACCUUCCAAACACUUCUGAAUGUAUGAAAAUUAUUUUUGCACAAAUAAAUUCAACACGCAAA